GCAACUCUGAAAACUUUGCAGAGAUCAUCAGUAGCAGCAGAGAAGGGUCAGAGACAGGAGCCACCUGCCCUGCUGCUCCAGCUACUGACCACCCAGCUCUAUGGGCACUGCCCUGCCUGGAUGGGCACUCAGCACCACAGGGGCUGUGACCUGGAAUAAAAUCCCCCUGGCACCGGAGGGAUCUGGAGACAUGAUCCAGGCUUUCCUGCGGAGUUCCUUGCACUGAUUACUUGGAGGAAAGCUGAUUGAAGAAAUAGUAAUGGCAGAACAGGUGUCGGCAGCUUAUGUCCUCCUGUUCCUGAUCUCCUGUGUGGAGUCUCAUAACUCUGGUUCAAAACCAACUUGGCCAACGUACAAAGUUCCAGUGGUUCUUCCUCAGUCGACCACUGGCCUCAAGAAACCUCACUUUAAUGGAGAGGCAAGGCUUGAUGUACCAGGUUCCUGUGGGUCAGAAUGUCACAAACAGUUCCCAAUGCCUACUUUGGAUGAACUGAAGGGCAACAUGGCAUACGAGACCUUGUAUUCCAACGGGAGCCGCACUUUGACUGAAGUAGGGAUUUACGUUUUUCCCAACAGAGCAGACAGUGAAAGAAGCCACGGGAAGUCCCGUCGUAAAAGGCAAAUCUAUGGAUAUGACAGCAGGUUUAAUAUCUACGGGAAGAACUUCUUACUUAAUUAUCCCUUUUCAACUUCUGUAAAGUUGUCAACUGGUUGUACUGGCACGUUGGUGGCAGAGAAACAUGUCCUUACUGCCGCCCACUGCAUUCAUGAUGGCAAAAAUUAUGUCAAGGGGGCACAGAAGCUCAGAGUGGGAUUCUUAAAGUCGAAAUUCAAAGAUGGAGGUAAAGGUCUCAAGCAAACAAAUUCUGGAUCUAGUGAAAAAAUGAAAUUCCAAUGGAUUCGAGUAAAAAGAACCCAUGUCCCAAAAGGAUGGAUUAGAGGUAAUUCCAAUGACAUUGGCAUGGAUUACGACUAUGCUUUACUAGAACUUAAAAAACCCCAUAAAAGAAAAUUUAUGAUGAUCGGUGUGAGUCCAACUGGCCGACAGUUGCCUGGUGGAAGAAUCCACUUCUCCGGCUUUGACAACGAUAGACCGGGGAACCUAGUAUAUCGAUUCUGUGAUGUCAAGGAAGAAACCUACGACCUACUUUACCAACAGUGCGAUGCCCAGCCGGGAGCCAGUGGUUCGGGAGUUUACGUCAGGAUGUGGAAACGAGACAAACGGAGAUGGGAACGGAAGAUUAUUGGAAUUUUUUCUGGGCAUCAGUGGGUGGACAAAAACGGGGACAAGCAGGAUUUUAAUGUAGCAGUGCGUAUAACACCUCUUAAAUAUGCGCAAAUCUGCUUUUGGAUCAAAGGAAAUUAUAUUGAUUGUAGGGAUGAAUAAUGUGGUUCUACUAACCAAAUUUUUAAAUAAACAAUUGCUCUGGUUAUAUGAAUGGCCAACGUAUGAAUGUACUGUUCAGCCAAUGCAACCUUUUCUUCUUCCUACCUUUGUCAACGGAGAUGUGAUCUUUCAUCGACCUUGAAGGACAAUGGGAACGUUUCGACUUCUUUCGACUAGCUUCUUUCACGCUACUAAGUCAACUGAUUCUACCAGACGUGUAUUGAAGAAUUUAGGUUUUUGUUCUUUUUGUGUCUCUCUUCGAGACCUCAGGAUAGCUAAUGAGGACUGUCACAUAAAAUCACGUUGAUUGGGGGGGGGGGGCUUCAUUCGAAAAGGCUGAAUAAAAGUUGAAAAGUUUUUCGACAGUUGCCUUUCGCUCUAUGAUAUAUAGUAGACACUUUUCCCUUGCUUCAUUCUAAGACUGCAAAUGUGUCUCUUUUAUAAAUUACUAUAUUCCUACUGACUUAUUAUCACUGCUGUAGAAAAGUAUUUUUUUUUACUAUGCAUUUUUGUUCCCUUAAGUAGCUUUUCAUCUCAGGGUGUACAAAAUAUGCAGGGGGAAGCUUAAAUGUAUUAUUAGGAUGUCAUUCUUCAUUGAACUCAUUGAGCGGUAUUUUAUAAAAAAACAAUAUUCUUAUCCAACAUAUUCAAAAUUUGUGAAAGGGAAGAAUGUUCUUGUCGGAAAAAAGUUUUAGAAAGAGUGUCAUCAAAAUUAUACCCAGAACAAAAAUUAAAAUUUAUCAACCGCUAUCUCGAGAAAACAGACAGUGGGCUCCAUGAAAAAUUAUUUUUCCGAUGUUGAAUUUCAAUGUUUUGACUUAUGCCAAAUAUUCAAAUUGAACGGGCUACCAUGACAUCCUCUUCCAAUAUCCUCAGCAAUGGAUUAUUGGGAUUGUGCGUCUCUCCCGACAUAGAAUUUUAUUCACCAAUGGUGGGAUCGCUACAUUGGGCCAUAUCACUAGUUAAAAAAGUUCACUGGCUAAUUCAAAAUUUUUUUGUUUAAAUGGUGUCUUCUAAUUAGCUUAUUUUCUUGUCUCCCAUCAGAAGGGUGAAAGAUAUGGCAGACAGAUUGGGGUGAACUAUUGCCAAGACACUCUGAAAUACUUCUGUACACUAGAAGCUAUGAAGUCAUACAGUCUGUCCCUGGGUUUUCCACAAUUAGAAGAACAUAGCUGUCUCUUUUUUCUCCCCCUAGAAACAGCACCACUCAAGUCCACAGGUUGCAUCUGGUACUGCAGCUUAGCUCCAUUGAAGUGAUUGGGGCAAAGUUACCACCACACACAACCAAUGGACAGAUAUGUCUCUGUUUUUGGAAGAAGACAGCCACGUUUUUCCAAUCUUAGACAACCCUUUACACUUCUGGCAAGGGAGAAGAACAUUGGAGGAAUAUAUAUCAUCUUAUCAAAUGUAAAGUUUUUGGUUAAGAGAAGUUAAUGGCCCUGGGCUGUAAUACCAAGUACAGCCACAAUACAGUGUAUGGCACUGUACUUGGUGUGCUGUGAGGAAGCCAGAGAGGUGCCGCCUCUUCAUACAGCUGAUCGAUGGGGGUGCCAGGUAAUGGACACUCACGGAUCAAAUACUGAUGACCUAUCCUUAGGAUAGGACAUCAGUAUUAAACUCUUUAAUGAGGCAAUUCCUAAGUUAUAUAAUAUCUAGCAUAUUUUGUAAUAAAUAAAGCUGUGUGGAGUACUACAGUGGUCAUUCUGGUACCCUUGCCGAUCAAUCGAUUGCAGAGCACACAGUGCACCAGGCACAGCGCUGGACAUUUAAUAGUGGCUAUCCCUGGUAUUGCAGCUCAGUCUUGAGCUGUAGUUACAAGGGACGGCCACUACACCAAUCCUAAACUGGGAUCAUCAGUAUAAAUGUCCUGGAAAACCUCUUUAGAGGAAAUUCGUAAUAAUUUUACAAAAUAUAAAUGAAGCAACUUUUGAAAAACUUUUUUAAAAUAAAGUUGCAGUUUAAAUUACUAGUUAUCAACUGGUGCUAAAGUCGCUUUAGUACUUAAUCUACAUGCAUUAUUAUAAAAUAUUAGAAUGACCUUCGAAUAUUCCCCCCCCCCCAAAAAAAAUAAAUAUACAUUUUAAAAGCUGAAAAAAUGAACCUAUAGAAAAGUUGCAGAAGAGCUUUGAGGAUGGAAUUACAUAGAGUGAACCUCUAUGAACAGGUCAAGACAAACAUUGGACACUUUGUAUUGUCACACUGAAAUUCCAGACAUAUUUCUCUGAUGAGAAGAGACGGCUGCAGAUUGGUGAACAUUACUUUAGGUCCAUCACUUCUGGUCUGAACUUGCAGAAUAGUCUAUAGUCUGGCCAUAACCUCCUGACCCACCUUACCCAAAGUGCAGCAUUGUACAUGGAAGAUUAGAUGGUGACUGAUCCACUGUAAACGUGUAUUGAUGGUAUCCCCAAAUUGGAGGAGACUGAUGACUGAUCUUAGGAUAAAAGCCUAGUGGUGACUAGUUAGAUACGUAAAAUGGACUUAAAUGGACGUAAAAAGAAGUUUUUUAGGGCAUGUUGAUCUAAUAUAAUGAUUAACUCAAUUAAGAAUUGAUUCUAGUAGCUAACGAGACAUCAUCGAUCGGUGGUUAUUAUAGGCUCCACAUCAGGCCUAUGUAAAAGAAGCCUUAGAGCCAUUGCCGUACCAACUAUGGAGCCAGACCAUGCAACUGCACAGGCGGAGGGGUAUCCAGAGCUGAACUGCUUCUUCUGUUCCCAACAUAGAUUCACAGCAUUUUCCUUCAGCCACCACAUGGGGGAACUCAGUGAAAAGAGAUUAUUUACAGCUUCUUUUGAAAUUAAUGGAUCAAUUCAUAUAAGUUGACCUCCCCCUAGGUCUGGAGGCAAACAGUUUUAAAAUAUUGUAUGUGUACAGAAGCCGUAUACAUAAAGCUGUAUGGUGGAGAUUUCUCGAUGUAUAUAUACCAGUUGUCACUAGGUGUUGUUGCUCUGGAAGGGAUGGUAAGACAUGGUGCAUGCCGAUGCUCUCUUUAUAUACUGAAUUAGAACCCUCUAGUGGAAGGGUUGGAGUGGAAAAUCACAGCCUAAACAGAGAAAAUGUUGCUAUUUCAGUCUGUCAUAGACUUGUAUAGAGGUUCAAUGCAAGUCUAUGGAAAUGUCUAAGCAGUGUUUUCAGACAUAAACAACAGACCUAAACCAGACAGCCAAAAGGUCAGUGUGUCUGUUUUCCCCCCCAGAGCUUUGCAUAUACUCUUAUAGUAACUGUAGAAGAUUUCUAACUUCUCAGUUCAUAGAUAGAAAGUCCCAAAGUCUUUCAGUAUUAGCUGGCUGUGAAUUAACCCUUUUCGCAGUGCAGAUAUAGUGCAAUAACAGUACAAAUCAAAAGGAUACAUUACAAUAAACAUAAAAUGAAGUUCAGCAAUAUGAAACAGUAGAAGUGCACACACCAGUAUAAAUCACAGUGCAAGUCAACCCUUCGAAGUGCAAUAAAGUAAUGCAUUGAUGGCUUUGCAUAGUAGCCAAAGAGACAAAAGUCCCCAAACAUCUAUAGUCUGCUCCAGGGCACCACAUAUAGUGUUCAGAAAGAGCUCCAUAUUUAUGAAGGACCAGUUUCAGUUUUUUUCGAAGUUGGAUAAAUUGGGUGAAUAGCGUCUUUUUCAUUCCUUUUUGUUUUAUUCUUCCACUUUCGAAUCUUAAAUUUGUCAGUAGUCUGGGAAGUCGUGCUUUGCAUUCCUCCUUGCCUGGGAGUAUUUGAAGCUUGCAUACUGGGAAACUGGUUGAGGUGGGUGAGGAUUCCAUGCUAAAAUUUGCUGAGACCAUUAUGGGACCAUAAAAAAAAUCUGUGUAGACUCAUGGUUAGCGGCACUAUAUACAAGUUUCUCAGCAAUAGAUCACCACAUGUGUCCAUUGAAAAUAGAACUGAAUUGACCCUAGGACCCAAUAAUUGGCUUAAUUAUUUUAUUUUUCCUUCCAUUGAUCAAGAGGAGUGAGAUCACCAUUUUUAUUCAUACAGGAGGUCCCCACUGAGGUCUCUCCUAAUGGAGGAUGGCCACUUGCGGAGAAAGACCUGGCAUAUCUAUGCACUUCACUGAUAACCUAUUGUUUUUCAUUAGAACUUUGCUAUGCUUUGUUUAGCCUGUGGUGGCGCUGUAGAGUAAUCUAUUCAGUUCAAUCUUAUAUUGUUCUGCCGAUCCAGCAUACAGUGAUAGCUUCCUUCUGGAUGUCAUUCUCUCUGUUAUUUUUACGUUUUUCUUAUCUGUCAGAAAGAAAGAAAAAAAAGAUUCCUGUUAAAAAACGUCAGUUAUGCACAUUUAGCAUCCGUUUUUGCCAUUUCCGCCUGAGAUCCGUUUUUGUAGCUGGGAAAAAAAAAGUGUGGGAAACCUGAGUGACAUCCAUCAUGGCUUUUGAAAUGGUGUCCAUAUUCGUUCUCGCCUAUAUUUCCCAGAAACUGUUGUAAAUAAAGGCUUUGUGCACAUUUGCAACCAAUUUUAUAACUCACAUGUAUCUAAAAUAAAAAACAAAGUAACUUUGAUAAAAAGGUUCAUCAUUCAAAAUUUCCUCCCAUGGUGUGCAUACAGCUCCCUGUGCAGACCUAUAUAUGUCUGUGAUUAUGGACUAGAGACCAACCCUGUGUAGACUGACACUACAGUUGUACUCCCUCCAUUCAUUCAUUCUGUAGGUUGUCUGAAGAAGGGGAUCAAAUUACACAGGGACUGUCAGACUACACAGGGAUUGUUUGUAGUCUGUAACCAUGGAGACGUAGCACCUGUGUACAAAAAAAAGAAUUAGGAGAUAAAUCUGUGUGCAAAGUUGCUUUAUUACUCAUUUUAGAUGCAGUAGGGUCAAAAAAUAGCUGCAAAUGUUUACAUACCCUUUAAGAAACAGACGGACGUGGGGGGGGGGGAACGUAUGGUGUUGCUACUAAAAAGAAUUAAUGAGCAGCAUGUUGUAUUAUGUAAUCCUUCUGGUUAAACCUACUUGGUUUUUAUGGUGCUUUUAUAUUUAUUCUCUUAUUGUAAAUUUUAUGGCAUUGAGCAGCAUUGAUGACGUGUCACACAUAUUGGGGGGAAUUUAUCAUGGGGGGAAUAUUUGAAGUCAGCUUUGCUUGAGUCUGCGUUGGCGUAUUUAAUGCCACUUUUUUAAAUGUCGUAUGUUGUUUGAGAAAUUUGUCUUAUCCUUAAACUUUUUUUUGAACUUUUGUCUAGAAAUGCCCCUCCUACUGGAGGGCGGAGGAGGAAAAAAUCUGGAGUAGUGAUGAAUCUGGAAUGAAACCCAUUAACAUCGUUAACCAUGCCCACUUUUCCUACUCAUAUUACUAUCAUACUGGAGUGAGUGGUGUAAAAAUGCAAUAAGUCAAAAAAAUUUGCGCAAGUGAGCCCAAAAAGUCGUAAAAGUCCCCUUUUGCAACUUUUUGAAGGGAGAAUUCUGGAGUGAAGGCAGGAUAAUUGCAUGUUUUAUUUUUAUGCAUUGAGUCCUAUGUGUUCAUCAUCGUCCUGGAGAAAAAGUUCUCAAAAAUGUGUACAAAAUAUUUUUGUAUGUAAAUAAUUGUAAGGAUCAUUGCUUGGAUGUAACGCUUAAUAUAAUGGAAUUUCUUUUUGAUUGUAAAACAGUGAAGAAAGUUCUGAUAAAAUGAAAGAAAUCCA